GCGGAAGGGUUAGGCUGUGGAGCGCCGUUGCUAUGGCAACCUCGGGCAAACCGGCCCCAGGGCCUCCGGGUCUGCCAGGCGGCCAGUGCUGAGGAGGGACCUGGCGAUGAGGACCACAGACCCUUCAGGAGUCUCCCGGGGCCUAAGCAGUUGGGAUCUCAUUUCUCCCUGGUCUGGUGUUUGGGGUGGUCGCUGGCCGCUUGGGUCCAUCCAUACCUCCUCGCCCGCAUCCCACUUUCACCAGAAGAAGCAUUUUUGAAAGUUUAAUGUGACCUCACUAAGGCUCUCAUGCGUGAAGCAUAGCGCCUCGUUAACCCAAGGACCUCGCCAACCGGAAGUUGUCAUUUUUACCAGCAAUCCAGCACGUCCCCUUUGACCUGGUUUUCUCUUUCACAAAGUGGAAACUUCUCUUUGAAGUUAUUUUUGUUAUAAAUUUAAGCGAAUGGCUGACCGUGGCUUGGAUGAAAUGCCGAAAAAGUGCCCCCACUGUGCGACUUCGGAUGACGAUCGCCUUUGCUUGUGCUCAGCCAUCAACUCUCCGAUUCUGGUGGUGGAAAUGUCACAAACAUCGAGUAUUGGUAGUGCAGACAUUUUUGCUUCCCAGGAGAGAAAAAAAGAAAGAAAUGCCAGCAGAGAACCUUCUAUGAAAGAUCUGUCCACAAGAUCAAACGUGGAGAGGAAAGCCUCUCAGCAACAGUGGGGCCGGAGCACUGUCACCGAGGGAAAAGUCCCGCACAUACGGAUGGAGAAUGGCUCCAACAUCGAGGAAUUCUACACCUUCGGAAGAAUAUUGGGACAGGGAAGUUUCGGAAUGGUCAUUGAAGUUACAGAUAAAGAAACAGGAGCUAAGUGGGCGAUUAAAAAAGUCAAUAAAGAGAAGGCUGGAAGCUCUGCGGUGAAGUUACUUGAGCGGGAGGUGAAUAUCCUAAAGAGUGUCAAACACAAGCACAUCAUCCAUCUGGAGCAAGUGUUUGAGACGCCUAAGCAAAUGUACCUUGUGAUGGAGCUUUGUGAGGAUGGAGAACUCAAAGAAGUUCUGGAUAAAAAAGGGCACUUCUCAGAGAAUGAGACAAGGUUGAUAAUUCAAAGUCUUGCAUCAGCCAUCGCAUAUCUCCAUAACAAAGAUAUAGUACACAGAGAUCUGAAGCUGGAAAACAUAAUGGUUAAAAGCAGCUUUAUGGAUGAUAACAAUGAAAUGAACUUAAACAUAAAGGUGACUGAUUUUGGCUUGGCGGUCAAGAAGCAUGGCUCCAGGAGUGAAGGUAUGAUGCAGACCACGUGUGGCACUCCUAUCUAUAUGGCACCAGAGGUUAUCAAUGCCCAUGAGUACAGCCAGCAGUGUGACAUUUGGAGCAUAGGUGUUAUAAUGUACCUUUUGCUGUGUGGAGAACCACCCUUUUUGGCAAACUCGGAGGAAAAGCUCUUUGAAGUAAUACGAAAGGGAGAACUAGGAUUUGAAGACCCAGUCUGGGAUUCCGUAAGUGAUUCUGCAAAAAAUGUUUUGAAGCAACUUAUGAAAGUAGACCCUGCUCACAGAAUCACAGCUAAGGAACUUCUAGAUAACCAGUGGUUAACAGGCAAUACACUUUCUUCAGUGAGACCAACCAAUGUAUUAGAAAUGAUGAAGGAAUGGAAAAAUAAUCCAGAAAGUGAUGAAGACACUAAGACAGAUGAGAAGACUAAGCAGCCCAUGAGAGAAAAUUUGAAAAGUAACCAGAUCAGGGGAAAGGUCCUUGAUUUCAACAACAGUCCAUCAGCAAAGACAGCAAACCAGCCCACCGUUGCUGCCAAGAAGCCAGAUGCAGAUGGCGUUGACAUGAGCUGUUCCAACUCAACAUCCACCAAACCCCUCUCUGCUGAACUCAAAGCAGAACCCGAGAAAAGCUCCGGGACAAUGAACCAGGCAGCGACGGUGGCUAAGGGCACCUUAAAAGCCUCUGCCUUGUUGCGAGGCAAGAAAAAGCUCUAAGGCUCUGUCCAGUGCUGCGCAGUGCAAGAACAGACCACUCCUCCAGCACUGAAGGGCGGGGACAGGAGGGGGACAGCAUGGUACGGAGCUUUUAGUCUUUGGUGAGUCCUGCAUGGGUUACACCAGUUUAGAAUUGAAGCUAGUUACCAAAGCAGCAUACAUAACCUGCACGGGACACGAAAGGACAGCGUGGGCAUGCUUGGGGCAAGCUGCUGUGCUCAUCAGCUCCAGGUGUCCUGGGGCUAAGGGACAAGUGCUCUCAGUGCAAGCCUGGGGCCAUACUUGCUCAGUUCUACUCAAAUUCUUAUAUUUAGGCACAGUUAUUUAUAAGGGAAAACAAGAGGCCAAAUGCAGUGGAGGUUCUAAGUGAUUAUGUGCACUUAGCACUAGGAGACUUUGCUAGAUGACUACUAAUAAAAUGGCCACAGGCCUUGUGGCAGAAGCGA